CGGGUCCCCAGCCCCCGCCGGCGGACGGCGAGCGCCCCGGGCGCUGGAGGAGCCCCCCCAGGUUAGAUUACUGGCUGUGAAGAGCCACGGACACUUUGUGCCCUGAUGGGGGACUCAGGAUCCAGACGAUCAACUCUAGUAUCUCGGUUGCCAAUAUUCAGGAGAAGCAUUAGCAGGAGACACGACUCUCUUCCUUCCUCACCUUCUUCUGCUAAUGCCAUUGGUGUCCACACCUCCUCCCCAUCCAGCACCAACUCCAGCUCAGGGAGCACAGGCAAGCGGAGGAGUAUUUUCCGCACUCCUUCCAUUAGCUUCCAUAACAAGAAAGGGACUGAGCAGAAGCCUGACUCAGCCAGUCAAAAUGUUGCCAUUUCAAAUGGUACCCAGUCCUCUCUUGACGCUUUCCAAAAACUCAGCCUAGAGGAACACAUCAAAAGCAGAGGGAGGCAUUCGGUUGGCUUUGGCAGCUCACGGAGCAAGAAGAUAACAAGGUCUUUGACGGAGGAUUUUGAAAAGGGAAAGGAGCCCUCAGCUAAUAAGAACGUCUUUAUAAAUUGCAUAAGCUCUGGGAAUAAUGAGGGUGAUGAUUCAGGCUUUGCAGAGGAGCAGAGCCGGCACUCUGUCAAACAAUCCACGCGAAAGCUUCUCACUAAAUCUUUCUCAUCACACUACAAAUUUUCUAAACCCGCUCCAGAGAGUCAGUCAGGUUCCUCUGCGCAGCAGCCCAGGUGCUUGCUAGAGGUUAAAUCCUACGUGGAAAGCGAACCUGUGACUGCCAAGUCCUCUCCUCCGUGUUCAGCUGAGACAACCGAGUGCAUGGGAAGCUCCUUGCAGUCCCCCCUGCUCUCAGCUGACCUCACAGCUGCCCAGACCCCCUCUGACUUUGUCGCCCUGACGGAGGAUUCAGUUUCAGAGGUGGAUGCUCUGCCCAGCAGUGGGACUGGAGCACCACUUGCAGAGGAUUUUGGCAACGAUGUCUCUACCUCUCAGGUCUUCUUCAGUCCUGUUGCUGCUCCUGCAAGGGAAACCGAUAUUGUGGAAAGUACUGGGCAUUCCGUGGGGGUGUCUCCUGUGAGUCGCGCAAGCUCGUGUAGUGUUGAAUCUAAUACCUUAUUCAAAACCUCAGCUACUAGUCAAACAAAAGUAUUGCUGCAAGCCAAUGAACUACAUAUUAAUGAUGCCAGACACAUAGGAGAAGUUAACUUGGCAAAUGCACAUUUAGAAACCUUUGCAUCACAGCACAGAGAAGAAUCAGCAAUGUUCUCUCCAAAGGCACAGGGGCUGAAUAGGGACAGAGAUGAAAACACACAGUCCAAGCACAGGAGAGAGACAAUUCCUAUAGUGGAGUCUAAGAUUGUUCCAUGUUCUGAACCUCAGUCCAUUAAAACACAACAGGGUUAUGAAACCAACCAUUCUAAAGUUGAUCUUCCCAAUAGCUUCAGUCCAUACAGAGAAGGCAGAUUUGUGGAGAAACGACUGAGAUCAUCUUCAGAAGGUACUGCUGGAGGCAGUCGGCUGAUCAUAAAACCAAAGGAUGGAAAUACAGAAGAGCUCAACAGCCUGUGGAAGCAGAGAGCAAACUCAUCCUCUUCAAAAAUGAACAGCAUGGAUGUUUUGAAUAACUUGGGUUCCUGUGAGUUGGAUGAAGAUGACCUAAUGCUUGACUUGGAGUUCCUGGAAGAACAACAACAUCACCAUCGUUCUGUUUGCCGGGAAGACUCAUACCAGUCCAUAGUCUCAUGUGCUGCUGUGGUACUUACCCCUGUAGAGUCAACACUGGACACAAGGAAAGAAGAACAGCCAGUGAUGCCUGAUGUGUCUAAACAGAACCUGUCUCUGAAGCUGUCAAAGGAGGUGGACCAAGGAGAAGGCAGAUACCCUCGUGUUAGCCAGCUGGCUGGCAGCCCAUCAGUGGAAUGGCCUUUGGCUGGUCUGGAAGAAGGGGGAGGCAUUGAAACUUUGCCCUUCAGAUUGAUGUUGCAAGACUGCACAGCUGUAAAGACAUUGCUGCUGAAAAUGAAGAGGGUUCUUCAAGAGAGUGCAGACAUGAGUCCAGCUAGUAGCACCACCUCACUCCCUGUUAGCCCUCUUCCUGAGGAGCCAUUAUUUUUCAAGGAUGGAAUAAAAGAUGAAUGCUCAGUGCUGAAGCUGCAGCUGAAGGAGAGAGAUGAACUCAUAGCCCAACUUCGUGAGGAGCUGGAAAAAGCUCAGUGUUUUCAGAAGGCCCUUGCUUCCCAAGCCGAUAAAUCCACGCAGACAGAACUCGUAGGCCAUGAUGCUACAUUUCCAAACAGAACGGUGAGCAAAAAUCUCAGCACAAGGGACAGAAAGUCAGCACAUACUCCCACCGAGGACCAUUUUAGAUACUCAUCAGGCAACCAAGCACCUGCCUAUGAAAGCAAGAGCUGCCAAAUCUCUAAUUUGUAUCUGAGCAACCUCCUGAAAGAGAAAGAGAUUGUGGAAGUCAUCAAGCACACGAGAGGCACCUAUGAAACCCUCUCUUCAGAGGUCACCCAGAAUGGUUUGGCCACCACGGUGCCGAGUCCAGCAAAGGCAGCAUCCAAGGCAGACACCUACCCAGUGUUCUCAGGAGCUCCAAAAGAGCAAAGUGCUGUACCCCGUCAGCACACCACGUUCACAGGGAGACUUGGACAGCCUCCCAGGGGACCCAUCUCUUUGCAUAUGUACAGCAGAAAAAACGUUUUCCUUCACCACAACCUACACACGGCAGAGCUACAGAUGUUAGGGCAACAGGAUGGGUAA